CCCCUCGUCCUCCCUCCCACCAACACAAGCAAACAGCACCUACAGCACACAGCUCAUCACUCCCCAAAGGCAGUCACCACAAGAGGCAUCUCCACAGAGCCACAGCAAGAAAGCAAGCACCUUCGUCGUAGCAAAAUGGCGCCAACAAUGGCCAUCACCACCGCCACCCUGGUGCUCCUCGUCGUCUCCCUCCUCGCGCCCAGCGCGCUCGGCUCCCGCUCCGGCCUACCAUCCUCGCACCACGGCCACGGCGGCCACGCCAAGCACUCCCCGCCGCCGUCGCCACCGCCGGCGCCCGUCGCCCCGGUGGCCGCGGCGCUGGUCCGCACCACCUGCAACUCCACCGCCUACUACGACCUCUGCGUGGCCGCGCUCGCCGCGGACCCAUCCAGCACCACCGCCGACGUGCGCGGCCUCUCGGCCAUCGCCGUCUCCGCCGCCGCCUCCAACGCCUCAGCCUCCGCGGCCGCGCUCGGCGCCAACGUGACCGCGCAGGGCGGCGCCGCCGUCGACAGCACCGUGCAGGCGCUGCUCCGGACCUGCUCCGCCAAGUACGGCGAGGCGCGGGACGCGCUGGCCGCCGCCAGGGGCUCCAUCGCGCAGCAGGACUACGACUACGCCGCCGUCUACGUCGGCGCCGCCGCGGAGUACCCGCAGGUGUGCAAGGCGCUGUUCCGGCGCCAGAGGCCCGGGGCCUACCCGGCCGACCUCGCCGCCAGGGAGGAGGCGCUCAAGCAGCUCUGCUCCGUCUCGCUCGACAUCAUCUCCCUCCUCAGCGCCACCAGCUGAACUGCUGAGGCAAGCGGCGACGAACCAUAAUAUACUAUGACUAGUGCCUGCUGCGCACAGGCUAUUUCGUAAAUUAAUUAUAAGGAUGUAACCGCAAGUACGUACAGUAUUGUAACUAGUGUAGCGUACGUGUAAUGACACGUGCUAAGCCUCCUUACGUUUUUGCUACUAUACCAAGUGCAGUGUACUCAGUUAACUAGUACUAAUAAUAUUGAUGAGAUAUUUGUUGAAUUCUGGUAA